UUAGACAUUAAAGGUAAAUGAAGUGUUAUUUGUUUUGAUUUCGAAUGUUGCCUCGUUUUCCGUUUAUCGCAAUACAAUUUAUUUGCUUAAUUAUAGAAAAAAAUGGUUGAAGUUCAAAAGAAAUGUGUGGACUUUAAAUUCAAGGUUGGUGACAGUGCUAUUGAGAGAACAUUAUUCAUCAAGCAACAUGAUGGAUCUGAUAGUGUUAAGCCAAAUGAUAGAACUUUGUUCAUCGUAAACAUACCCCAAUUUUUGACUAAAAAGUGCUUAGAAUCUCUAUUUAAUAGUUAUGGACCGAUCGAAAAUGUAUAUAUUCAAUCAAAGCCAUCAAGUGGUGUUGUAGUUCUAGGCUCUAAAUACUUUUCUCAACAAGAAAAAACAGUUGGGCCAAAAGUUGGAUACAUUGUUUUCAAGCGUGGUGUUAGUCUAAAAAAAGCCUUAAAAGUAAAAGGUGAUGUUAUAGUUAUUCCAAAAGCAUUUACAGCUGGGAAAAGUAAAUGGAUUAAAGAAUACAAUUCUCACUUUGUUGAUGCUAAAGAAUUGCAGGAGGAAAUCGAGAGUUUCAUGGGCGAAUUCGAUGAAAAGAUUGAGGAAGAAAAAGAGAAAGACAAAGAAAUAGAAGGUGUUGCGGACGAAGAAGGAUGGGUUACUGUCACAAAACAGAGUAAAAAACCUAAAAUCAAGCGAAAUGAAGUUACAAGUCAAAAAUUAUUAGAGAAGCAAAAACGAGCUCAAACCAAACAGACUCUGGUAAAUUUCUAUAAAUGUCAAAUCCGAAAUGCGAAGAUGGAUGAAAUCUUGGAAUUAAGGAAAAAGUUUGAUGCCGAUAAGAAACGUUUAGCCUUAAUGAAAGCUGGUAGAAAAUUUAAACCUAUGUAAUAUCCUAUAUAUGAGAUUACACGUAAAAACAAUUUUUUUUAUGUUGUAAUAAAUUUCUUUGUUCACGGA